UUGCGGGGACGGCCAAAUCGGUGACCCUCGGGGGUCAAUAUGAGACUUUGGCAGGGCUCCCAUCAAGCGAAAAAGACUACCGCCAACUCGUAUCUGAUGAGACGAUGCUGGCGUGCAAGUUAAUUUCUCCGGGCCAGACCCUGGCCUUGAGGAGGUCGCGGGAUAUCCCAGUAGUUCACGAGUUGGUGCCCAUCCCCGAGGGGGGUGCUACAGACAAUGAUGAGCAGGAGGAGGAAGACGAGGUGUCGCUCGUACGUCGGAAGAGGGCUCUCGAGGUCGCCCAGGGGCUCAACGCGAACCGGGUCCAGUCCGGGGCAGCAUCCGGCCCCUCCGGCCAAGGUAACCUAUACUUGUUUAGGGAAUUAGACAAGGCUGCCGUAGACCUAUGGCUUGAUAGGUUUAACCCUAGCCAGCUCGUACAUCGUCAUCAAGACGACCCAGACCUUAACAUAACUCUACUCCAGUGCAUUGAUCAACUAGUGUUGCGUCAUGACAUGGGCCGCCCUAGGGGCACUGUAGUAGUAGACACCACCCUGGCUUUUAGGUCGGCCUUUUUUGAGGAGUAUGGGACCAACCUUAGGUCGUGGCCCUCCCUUUUCGAGGGUGUAGUCGCUCUGGGGCUUAGGCAGUACGUAGAGGAGUCCAGUCCUAAGGCGGAUCCGGACCUAGAGCCCCCUCUCAUUCGCGAAGUUAUAAACCUAGACUCCCCCAUAGAAGCUCCGCGGCCGGAGGUCGUGGCAAUAGAUUCCUCCUCUAGUUCGGAGGGUAGGACCUUUUCAAUACACCCUUAGACUUUUCUUGUGAUCUAAGCAUUCUUACAUGUAUACUAACGCUCCCUUAUUUUUGUUUCAGGCGAAGAGAUGGCAAAGCCCGGAGACAACGUCCUGCGGUCCAUCUUCCAGGGGGAAUCCUCCCUCCAGGUCAUCCGGGCCAUUGGUCAAGAAGCUCUGACUGACCAAGAAGACUCCCCCUCCUGGGACCACCUCCAAAUCUCCCGCUAAGGGGAGGGGCUAGGUCCCUGCCACCACAGAGAAGAUGCCCCCACCUCCCCCGCGACCUCCGGUCCCUACUCAGGAACUGGAGGUACCAACUGGGACCCCGCCAGCUCCGACUUCCACUGUGCGCAUCCCGGUUAACACUCAGGCCUUGGAGAAAAUCCCCGAGGCCUUUCGAGGGACGGUUUACGAAACCGCGAGCUAUACGGUGGAUCAUUACUACAAUGCCACCCCAAGGGACUUGUGGGAGAUCGAGACGAGGAGCCCCGAGAACGUUAUGGAGCCUUCACUGGGGAUGACCCUCAUGGCGGCUUUGGCUCUACAUCGCAGCAUAGCUCGGUCCAGGGCCAGGUUUGACGAGAUCAAAGGCGAGUUCCAGACUGCUCAGGCCAGUCUCGCGUCUACACAACAGCAAGAGCGAGAUGCUAAGGCUGCCCUGACGGAUGUCAAGGAAAGCGAAAAGGCUGCGCAGGUCGCCCUGGCCGCUGCGAAAGCCGAUCUGGAGGUCGCACAGGUCGCCUUGGUCGCGGCAAAAACUGAACUCGAGGUUGCACAGGUCGCCUUGGGCGCGGCGAAGGCGGAGCUUGAGGUGGCCCAGGUCACCCUUGUGGCAGAGAGGGCAUCUUCCAGCUCCUCCAUGGAGGCCAUGCUUUAUCAUUGCUGGGCCUUCAAACAGGAUGGUGAUUUCUCCUUCUUGGCGCUGGAGGUGUGGGAGCCCUUCCUCAAGAAGUUCAAGGCUCGUCUUCAACAGGAGGUGCCCUCUGAGACUAAGGAGACUUCCGCUGCAGGCGAGCAGGAGACCGAAGGGGUGACCUCAACGGAACGACUUGGGGGGGGCCUAGGACUUUUGUUUUUAUUUAUUUGUAAUCUUUUACCACAAGGUUUUUCUCCUCGAGACAAUUGGUUUCUCUGAGUUUCAUUUUAAUCUACUUUUACUAUUAUUGCUAUUUAUUUUUAGCGCAUUCGGUAAAAACUUAGUUUGCGUUAAUUUUUUAUUGAUAUCUCGUGCUUUUCAAGAAAAACAUCGAUUAACAAAUUUGAAUCAACUUCUAAGUUUUAGGACCUGGUUGUAUCCAGGACGUUGAUUUUAAAAACUUAGUUCGCGUUAAUUCUUUA